GCGAAGUGAAGCUUUCUUGAAGCAGUGAAGCUUUCAACCCAAUUGUAUCGGAAAAAGGUUCAUUACUCGAAGCUUUUCAAAUCAGAGCUCAAUGAGGACCUCUGCUGGUGAAAGUGCUGUUUCACAACAUGUUCCACAACCAAACAACGUAUUAAUUUAAUUAUAAAAGCAAAACUUAAUGGAUUGACAAAUUAAGGAUAGAUUCAUAAAUAAAUGUAACACUAUAUUAAAUACACGACCAAAGCAUGUUCCAUUUCAUGCGAAUGGUACUUCAAACAAAAAUAACAAAUUAAGGAUAGACCUUGUCUCAAAAGUAUAAAGUGUGAACCAAUUAAAAAAUAUAUCAUGGUAUUAAGUGGUGCAGAAAAGGCUUUUUACUACUAAUAUAUUCUAUAUAUAUCAUAAACUCACUAUACAGUAAUCGAUUCCGUGUAAUGCAAUACUCCAAUACAACCCAUGAGGGCGCGCCGCGCAUCGCACAAUUCUAAACCUUUGAAUCAGAUAACGAAGCAGUCACGUGGGUGUGUGUGAAACGAAGCUUCGGACGUCAUUGGUCACGUGAUUUUGCCAGAACGAAUCAAGCUUCGAUACAAAGCUUCAAUGAAAAUCGGUUCAUUUUUUUGACACACGCUUCGGAGCUUCGGUGUCACUGGUAACAUCACUAUUCAGAAGUACUGCCCGUAUUUCUACCCCGAGGAGGUGGUUCGUUAUUUCUUCGGACUGUUUCAUCCACACCUAUAAAGUGAUUGAGACCUUCAGUGAAGCUCCUCCUACAACAAUCCACCAAUAACACCGAGAGAAAUCACUUCAUGUGUGUCAACUGAAAUCUUCAUGACUUAUUGUUGGUGCUGAUGAAAGAGGAGCUUGAGAAGAUGAAAGAUCCACAACCAUGCAGAAUAAAGACUGAAGAAACUGAAGAACAUAUAGAUAUGAUAGAAGUGAAGAAGGAGAGUCACGAUGAAGUGGAUGAGAAACAUCAGAUUGUAAAAAUAAACCAUAAUGUUUCACAGAAAGGAGCUCUGAGAACAGAAGAUAUAAAGUGUGAAAAAGGUUUCAGUCAAGAUGGACGCCCUGAGGAUCACAAGAGGACUCACAGCGGGGAGAAGCCGUUUACAUGUCAUCUGUGUGAAAAGAGUUUUAGAGUUAAAAGUAAACUUGAGAUUCACAUGAGAACUCACACUGGAGAGAAACCUUACAGGUGUCAUCUGUGUGGAAAGAGUUUUACAGUUGAAUUUAGCCUUAAGACACACAUGAGAAUUCACACUGGAGAGAAACCUUACACAUGUUUUCAGUGUGGAAAGAGUUUUAAAUCUUCAGGUGACCUUACGAGACACAAAAGAAUUCACACCGGAGAUAAACCACACGCGUGCCAUGAGUGUGGAAACCGGUUUACAACCUCAGGUACCCUUAAGAAACAUUUGAGAUUUCACACCGGAGAGAAACCAUUCACAUGUAAUCUGUGUGGAAAGAGUUUCACAGUUGAAUUUAGCCUUAAGACUCACAUGAGAAUUCACACUGGAGAGAAACCUUACACAUGUAAUCUGUGUGGAAAGAGUUUUAAAUCUUCAAGUGGCCUUACGAGACACACAAGAAUUCACACCGGAGAUAAACAACACGCGUGCCAUGAGUGUGGAAACCAGUUUACAACCUCAGAUACGCUUAAGAAACAUUUGCGAAUUCACACUGGAGAGAAACCUUACACAUGUAAUCUGUGUGGAAAGAGUUUCAGAGAUAAAAGUAGCCUUAACAUACAUGCAAGGAUUCACACCAGAGAGAAACUUUUUACAAACCAUGAGUGUAAAAAAAGUUUCAGAAGUAAAAAUAACCUUAACCCUUUAACCGGUGCCAAGCCCUUUUUGAGUGGGGGGGGGGGUGAAAAGAUAAUGUACACCUUGAAAUUAAUAUAACUCUGGCAUUUUUUUUUGUCUAGAAGCCUAAUUUUGGUCUUAUUUUAAAGAAGACACUUAAACGUUUUUUUACGGAAGUAUCUGUAGGUGAAUAUAUAUAUAUAUUUUUAUAGCAGUUUACAUUUAUUUGUAAUAAAUAAAAAAUGCAAUAUUGUAUUCUUUUUAAUACAUAAAAUUAUCAAAAAACUGAGGUUUGUGUUGAUUUGCUGUUAGGUUUGCUGCAUACUCUUGAAAUGAAUAAAUUAAGGGCGAGUUAUAGUCGUGCGUAGGUUCUACGCCGUAGCCUGUGCGUAGCUCUGCGUAGCCUGACGCGCACCUCGCAAAAUUUUGAACAGCGCGUCAGUUCUACGCGGACCGCAAGCACUGUGAUUGGUCCACCAGAACCCCUCCCAUCAGGUAAAAAACUGCGUCAUAGGUAUUUCCGUUUGCGAUGGUGAGUGAUUUAACUCAAACUGCAACAAAAGUCGCUGUUUAUUUACAUCCAUCAUUGCUGGUCUUCUCAAAUUAUACACAACAAGUUGCUGUUUCUUCUUCGUUUGUGGCUUAACUUGCAAAGUUUCUUCUUCUUUGGCAUUCGCGCUGCUACUAUGGUUACACGCGUGGUUACUGCCUACCAGCGGCCUGCGCGCGUGUUUGCGCGUCGACGCGGACGACGACGCAAAAGUAUAAAUGAAAACCGACGCGGAACCUACGCCGUCGCGGCUACGCUGUAGGACCUAUGUACGACUAUAACGAGCCCUUUACAGUUACUGCAUAACUAUCACUGCAAAAAGGUUUUAAAGGAACACGCCCACAUUUUGGGAAUUUAGCUUAUUCACCGUAUCC